AUGAUAGCUUGCCGUGGUGAUGAUCCGCUCAGCGCACAAUGCCUUGGAGCCAUUCUGCCCAAGCGGAUCAGGCUAAUCCUGUCCAUCUCCAAGUGCAAGCGCGACAUGAUGUGCGAUGUCGCCAACUCGCUGGACGUGAGCAGCAACCUCUGGCCGUCUGCGCUUGACGAGAGCAAGGCUUGGGCAGGCUACUCGAACGAGCCGAUGAAGGUGCCACUGCCGCAAUAUGCGGAAGAGAAGCAAUCCUCGCUAGGCCUGAGUGGCCCUCCUUCGCAAGUCUUCAUUCCCAUGCCUCAAUGUCCUGAGACGGGGAGAGUCCUUCGAUUUCAGGACACUUUGGGCAUGCCGGGGUCGCCGUCGGACCAUUUUGAUGCCACGGCCGAGACUCCGGGAUCUGUCGUUACCCGGGCAGGAAACAGAGUCUCUUUCCCACCAGGAUUGGACCCGCCUGUGAACACCCCAAGUCACGGAUCCACGCUCCAUGCGGAUGGGACCUGCAAGCCCUGCGCAUGGUUUUGGAAACCGGGCUCUUGCCAGAACGGAAAGGACUGCAUGCACUGCCACUUGUGCCCAAAAGAUGAGCUCAAAACGAGGAAGAAAGCCAAGUCGGCCUUCAUGCGGCUGGGUUUGACCACCCCGAAGCCCACUGCCGAAGAAACGGCAGCGGUCCAGCUCGCCUUGAGCAGUUUCUGCAUGUCGCCGAAGGCCAAGGAGAAGGCAGAUUGUGAGACUUCCGAACAAGGCUCUACCGCUGCAUCAACAUCGGAGCGGGAAUACUCUGAAGGAUCUACAAGCCCUCGACUCCCACCCGGACUCCCACCCGGACUCCCCACAGGUGCAACCGAGACGAAGCUGGCCAGCCAGGGAAGCGACCUACAUGGUAGCGGAAACUGCCGCCCCUGUGCCUGGUUCUGGAAGCCGACGGGGUGCCUGAACGGGGAGGAGUGCCGACACUGCCACAUGUGUCCACCUGGCGAGGUGAAGAGCCGGAAGAAGAACAAGCUUGCCAUGCUGCGGCUGGGUCUGGCAACACCAACGGCUGCCCAGCAGGACUCCUUCUUCAUGGACUCGCCGACCCAUGCCUGA